GCUGCGCAGAUACAUCCGCCUGUACCGCACCACGGCGUCGUUGCCAUGACAACUUACACUUGUUGGUCCUCACUUCCGUAUCGGGAAGAAGGCUGCAAAUAGAUGUAACAUCAAAAAGCUCACAAACAAUCCGUCGCGACACAGAAAAAGUGUGUAUAGUGUCGUAAAGCUGUUAUUACCGCGAGUACCGCUGCUGAUGGAGGACGACAGCUCUGCCGGAGCCGUGGCCGGGAUUCAGGGACUCGACCUCGGCGUGGACUGGAAAGCGUCCGACGAAGCGCUCGCGUUCAUGUCCGGCAUUGAGCCUGCAGAGCUGCUGAAGUGCACGUUUCCAGACUCUCUGGUGACUGUGUCAGAGGGCGGCCGAGACCUGGGGAAGUUCACUGUGACGGUGGAGGUUGCCUGUCGAGUCCAGCAGCCCUGCAUGCUCCUCCAUGCUCAGAGCCAGGGAGCCAUCAAUGACUCCCCCUGUGGAACCACAGUGACAGCCUACCUGACCACGGACCUGGAGGUGCUGGAGGAAGAUUACCACGAGUACGUCAAGGUGAGCCAAUGCACACUUCCCACGCUGUCUCAUUUUGACACGAGUGAUGAAAGGUCGUACCGGCGGUGGCCUUUCAUUCUUCCAGCCACAUCUGUCUCUGUUUUGGUUUUGUUGUCACCUUUUCAGCUUGAGGGCCGCAGUUUGGACAGGAGGUGUCACAUGGUGCAGCAUGACGGGCAGAUGCUGAUCGAUAAAGUUACCACUGUGGGAGAGGAGACGACAAUGGAGAGUGUUUCACAUCCCAUGUCUGUUCUAAGCGGGCUCGUUACCGAGGGGUCCAACUUGCUGCUGAUGCGACUGAUCGCUCUAAAGAAGAAGGUGCCCGAACACAUGACCUUUAUCUGCUUGGACCAGGGAUUGCGCAUCAUACGCACCACUUUUAGCGAGCUGGCGCAGAAGCAGCUGGAGGUUGGGGAUAAGACUGUGGAGGUAUUCGGGGUGGAGAGGAUUGUUCACACCGUGGAGGAUGGCCCCACUACCUGGCAGUGCUACUUCCUGGCUGAUGGGCACAUGGCCAGCAGGGUGCAGGUGGGAUCACCGGUCACCAUGAGGCUUCUGCAGCUGCAAUCACAGCUAAAAGAAGGUUUUGAGAAGAUCCCUCUUGUUUGGGAAGAAGACAUGGAGAUGCGCUCCAAGUUUUUGGACAGAAAGGAGAAGCUGAAGGCGGACCAUGCCUCGUACCUGAGACAGCAUCCAGAGAUCCGUGCACUCAUAUCUGACUUUCUGCAGUUUUUGCUGUUGAGGAAACCAAAUGACGUCUUCCAGUUUGCCAGAGAGUACUUCCUCCCUUUUGCCUCCCGCCGUCCUCCAGAACCGAGCCUGAAAGCCCCCUCACACUGAAGGCUCACCUCAGUGUUUAAAUGUUGAACACAGCCAUAGCUUUAUCCUUUCAGCUUGAGAUUUAAUUUUAAAAUGUACAUCUUGUCUCUUUUUGACAGAUGACGUGUAGCCUAUAUAAGGAAAUGUGUUGGGGAGACGUGUUAAAAGCCAAUACUUCACCUGAGCUGUGUGAUCUUGCUCAAAAAAACUUUUAAUAAUGUGAAUAAAGUGGUUUGUUUCAAACGGUGGUUGUAAUUUCAGUUUUGGUAGCUUGUCUAGUCAAAGUAGUCAGGG